AUGGCAAUGGACAGUGGUGAAGGAGAUUGUUGUAGUAGUGGAGGAGUUGGAGUGAAUAAUACUAGUAAUAUGGUUGAGAUUUCGGAAGAAGAUGAUCUACAAAGUCCUCCACCUUCGUCAAAGAACAACGAGAAGAAACCGAUUAACCAAUUAAAACCAAACAAAUUUGGUGUGGAAUUCAAAUGUCAAAGAAAACUUACAUCUAAGGUAUGGAAUAGCUUUGAUUUUAUGGAUCCUGAUGAAAAUGAAUAUGAGGGAAUUAUGAAGUGUUUCACUUAUUUAAAUCCUGAAGUGAAAGUUGUUUCAAGGAAUACCAUAAAGGAUUGGGGGAUUCAAAAGAAAGUAUUUUCAAUUACUCUAGAUAACGCUUCUUCUAAUGAUGCAAUGGUUGAUUUUUUGAAGACUGAAAUUGAUUUGGAUGAAUUGAAAGAGGCUGAUGAUGCUAUUAUAAAGGUUAAAAAUACUGUGAAGUACUAUAAAGUUUUGUACUAUAAAAAAGCAUUUAUUCAUUUGGCGAAAACUGAUGCUAAUUAUUUGCAUUGUCCAACAAGUGAUGAGUGGGGAAGAAUUGAAAGGACUUUCAAGUUCUUGAAGGUUUUCUACGAGAAAACUUGUGCAUUUUCUAGCUCUAAAUAUACUACUACCAAUCUUUAUUUUGCUAAUGUUUUGACGGUUAUAAUGUUGUUACACAAAGAAAAAGACAGUGAUGAUACUUUCAUGAAAAAUAUGGCUAGUCGGAAGUAUGAGAAGUUUGAGAAAUAUUGGGCUAAUUUUAGCACAGUUAUGGCAUUUGCGGCUGUUUUGGAUCCUCGUUAUAAAUUUCAGAUUGUUGAAUGGGGUUAUGAGAAAGUUUAUGGGCACGAGUACAAAUCUGAGUUGGCAAUAAUAAAAAAGAAAUUGUUUUCAUUAUUUGAUGAGUAUGUGGAUGAGUCACAUUUGAAUAAAACCAAAGUUGGUCAACCUAAGAGUGGAUCGUUGGACUCCCAAGAAGGAUCUCAAGAUGUGCUAGAUGUGGCUUCUGCUUCACUUAUGAUGAACUUCGAUACCUUUUCAAAUAAGGUGACUUCUCAAGUCGUAAAAUCUGAACUUGAAUGUUAUUUAGAGGAGAAGCUCAUGCCUCGUGUGAUCAAUCUAAACAUUUUGGACUAUUGGAGAACUCAUGAGGUUAGGUAUCCAACUCUUGCUCGGAUAGCUAGGGACAUCUUAGCUAUCCCUAUCUCAACAGUGGCAUCUGAAUCUGCUUUUAGCAUUGGCGGUAGGGUCCUUGAUGCUUAUAGAAGUUCAUUGAAGUCUUCUUACAAUUGA